AUUUUUCAACUUAAGACUACUUACUAUCUAAGUGUUUAUCAUCCAUUACAAGUGGUUGCUUUAGGGCAGAGACCAAGUACAAGUAGGCACUUCAGCCGAGCUUGGCCCCGGGCUUGGACAACCUCAUGGAUUCCAAGCUGACGUCCUUCGGACACGGGACGCAGGCCCGUCGAAACUUGGUAUAGCUACAUAUCGCCUGGACCUUGAUCGAAACCGCUCAUGUACAUCACCUAGCUCAUUGCACUUUGCCGCUCUCUGGAAGAGCGGCUUUCGAUCUCCACGCGACCGAAACACCUCGCUUUUACCGCAUACAUCAUCAGCUUGCGCCAUUGCGGGGUUAAGUCCUCACGAUGUCGUUCAGCAUCGCCUUACUCAAGCGAUCGCUGGCUGUACUUUGGGCGACUAUUGUAUUGUUCGUCGUACUUGGAGCUGCCAUCAAUACAGACGACGUGCCUUCCUUCGUCGAACCGAAUACACACUUGAAAUCCGAGCAGCAGCAGAUUCUCCGGCCCGUCAAUCCCUCUCCGAGCGAUCAUAUCCUCGAAUCACCACCUUCGUCCUUCCGGUUCAGCGCAUCAGCUGCGAACAAUGCCCUCCAAGAACUCCACUCCGCGCUGUCUACCCUACAGAAUGAAUAUUUCACACUAUGGCUCGGAACAUGGACGAACGCAAUCGACUGGACCGCCGCGGUGAUGGGUACACAUCUGUCUGCUUCACUAUACUCGCUGUCGCAUUCACUCUCGUAUACUCUUCCGGGGACAUUCUCCAAGAACCGCAAACUCGACGUCGAGGCGCAAAUGGUGGAGAACCAGAUCAACAAAUACUUUGCGCAGAGUAGCGCGUUCUUCUUUGGGGAGGAUCACUUCUCGAUCCGCAUGCAAGCAUACGAUGACAUGCUGUGGGUUGUACUAGGCUGGCUCGACAGCAUCAGAUUCAUAAGCGAACACUCAGAGCUGCACUACCCUGCGACGAUGAAUGGGGCUGGAGACGGCGAGUCUGAUUGGCAUGGUAGUCAAUUCAUACCAGCGUUUGCGCAUCGCGCAAGAGUCUUCUACGAGCUCGCGGAGCAGGGUUGGGAUUGGUAUCUAUGUGGGGGAGGAAUGACUUGGAACCCGCGCUUGUUGCCGUAUAAAAAUGCGAUUACGAACCAACUGUUUAUUUCAGCAAGCAUUUCUAUGUACCUCCAUUUUCCUGGCGACGAAAACUGCUCGCCGUUCAUGGGGUUCCAAGACGGCGACAGCGAGGUACGAACCAAAACCGCCUGUCCAAGCCAAAACAAGCGAUCGACCUACGACAGCGUCUAUCUCCAAAACGCAGCCAAUGGCUACGAAUGGCUGAAGAAUAGUGGUAUGACAAACGAUAAGGGUCUCUACGUCGAUGGCUUCCACAUCAAAGACUACUACCGCAACCACAGUAAAACGGAAUGCGACGACCGCAACGAAAUGGUCUACACCUACAACCAAGGCGUCGUCCUAACCGGUCUCCGCGGCCUCUGGGAAGCCACAGGCAAUACCGCCUACCUGGAAGACGGCCAUGAGCUCAUCCGCAACGUGAUCCACGCAACCGGCUGGACCGACACCCCAAUCGCCUCAACCACUUCACACCCUCCAACCCAACGCACACGAGCAGGCGACUGGGCUGGCCUAGGCACCUCCGGCAUCCUCACUGAGCUCUGCGACCCCUACGGCACCUGCAGCCAAGACAGCCAAACCUUCAAAUCCAUCCUCUUCCACCACCUAACCGCCUUCUGCAACCCGCUCCCGCUCACACCCACCCACCCGGGGAAAACGCACGCCGCGUCCAGGCAGACCGCGGCCCUGCACCGCGCAAGCUGCAACGAGUACGCGCCGUGGGUCGUCAAGAACGCGCAAGCCGCGCUGCGCACGAGGGACGCGCAGGGUAGGUUCGGCAUGUGGUGGGGCGCCGUCGCCGCUCCCACAGAUGCGGAUCCAGCACCCAGGGAGAUGCCACGACUUCCCAAGGGCAGGGCACUCGACUAUCGCAACGUGCCAGAGUCCCUGCUGCGGGAUCCCCAGUUCGGAAUGCCGUCGCUGUCGACGUUUUCGAGCUUCGAGAGUGGGAGGAAGGCUGGGAAGAAGAAUACCCCGGGCUCGGGAGACCCAAAUGAGAGGGGGAGGGGACGCUCGGUGGAGACGCAGGGGGGUGGGGUGGCGGUUACGCGUGCGAUGUGGGAGUUUGUGAGGAACUAUGAUAAAGAGUCGUAGGGGGUGGGCGUUGAUUGUGAUUGCUAUGGACAGAGGGAUAUAGGCAGCGGGUACAUACAUUUGCAGUUCAUAAAUCUGUCCAGGCAUGUAUUUUGCGACGACGUUUAUGAUUUAGAAAACUCUACAUGGAAAAGAUUCGUUAUAUCUUGUUUCUAGUAGUGUAUAUAGGUUUUGGAUAGCUUGGUAUAUAUUUUAUCCUUUUAUCUGUAGUUUUGCAAUUACAUUCAAAUGC